ACGAGAUGAACACGAAGCGCGAUUACCUGGUGGACGCGGCCAAGCAGCUGCACAUCGCGCAGGAGAGAGACGCCAACGAGGAGUACGAAGCCGCCUUCAGCCACUACAAGCACGGCGUGGAACUGCUGCUGAGCGGAGUCACGGUCGAUCCGAGCCGGGAACGCAGAGAUGCCGUAAAGCGGAAGAUCUCACAGUAUUUAAAACGCGCCGAGGAAAUCUUUAACUGCCAUUUGCAGCGUCCUGGGGGAAACGCGUGGGGAGCGGUGGAGGGAUACAGCAGCCUCAGGUUUCGGCCAAUCAGAGUCCUCAGCGCGGCGGUGGAAAACCUCAAGCACUGCAGGGUUGUGAAAAUCAUUGACAAGGUCCAGUUGGUCUACGAUCCGUCCUCAGGAACCACGUUUGUGCUGAAGGCGCUGAUGAAAUCGGGGCGAUCGGGGCACGGAGCUGCCACCCUCAUUCCGCAGAGCGUCCCGUUCAUGGUGCAGUUACAGAAAUUCUACGUCAGCGACGACGCUCUGUACCUCCAGCUGCAGCACAUUCCAGGUGGCCGCCUCUGGGGGCAUUUCAAGAAAUACCAGGAUCGCAGCGUGGAUGCACACGGUGGAAAAGAGCCAUUUGCGGAGAGCGAGGACUCCACUGGUCCCUCCCACAAUCCACUAGACGGCAGGUUACCUUCCCCCCCCCCGUCCCCGGCGGGUGACGCCGCUGCCGGGGGCAUUCCUGAGUUACAGGUCAGACGGUGGGGGUCACAGCUGGUGAUGGCGCUGGAGACGCUUCAUCGCGAGGGGGUUCUGUGCAGAGACCUGAAUCCUCGCAAUCUCCUCCUGGGGGAUAAAGGUGACGUUUGCCUGACGUACUUUGGCCAGUGGCGCGAGGUCGAUGCUACCUGCUGUCCGGAGGCGGCCGAACAGCUGUACGUGGCCCCAGAGGUCCUUGGCGUGGGCACGGUGACCGAAGCUUGCGAUUGGUGGAGCCUCGGGGUCCUGCUGUACGAGAUGCUGACCGGGCAGCCGCUCUAUACCUGUCUGGGAUCUGCAGUUAGCGCUCACACUCAGCUCCCGCUGCCGGACACUCUCAGCUCUGCCGCAGCCUCUCUAUUAACCCAGCUCCUGUAUUACGACCCAGACAGACGGCUCGGCUCCGGCCCCGAGGGGGUGCAGAGGAUUAAGAGGCACCCCUUCUUCACCGGCAUACACUGGAACCGGCUGGGCUAAGAGGCAGUCGUUGCGGUGCCGGCAAGGCUUUCCGUGUUAGCGACACGUUGUGCAUGUGACUUGUACCGAGGGGAACUGCUAAUAAAGCACCAGCCCACCGAUUAA